CAUCUCUUCUUUACCCAUUUUUCCCCUCUUUUUCACAAAUACAUUUCAAUGCCCUCCCUUAAAGAAGACAGUCCAGAAUUACACAUGACACUCCGGAAUGCCGACGCCGCUGCUAUUGCCAAAGCGGAGGCGAAAGAAAAGAAGGAGAGAAAGGAGAAGAAGGAAAAGAAGGAAAAGAAAGAGAAGAAGGACAAAAAAGAGAAGAAGAAAGAUAAGAAGGACAAGGAGAAGAAAGAGAAAAAGAGGUCUCGCAAGUCAGAUUCUUCAGCGUCUUCUUCCUCAGAUAAUGAUGAUGACGAGUCCAACAAUAAGAAAAGGAGCAGGAAGAACGAUGACGUACAGAAACCUCCUCUUAAAAAACCUCGUCACCUUGAAGACCUUUCCAUUUCAUCUCCUUCACCUGCAGAGACACCUCGUGAUUCCACUCCAGAGCCCGGUGCUGAAGCAGUGAAAACAGAGCAUGAUGAGAUCCCCGAAAACUUGCGCUUGAGUUCAUACAGGAUUUCUGCGCCGACUAUUGCAGCACUCAAAGCUCGUGGGAUCAAUGCCCUUUUCCCAAUUCAGGCCGAGACGUUUGAUCAUAUUUAUAAUGGGAAUGAUGUUCUUGGACGGGCUAGGACUGGAACUGGAAAGACGCUCGCCUUCUCCUUACCCAUGGCAGAGAUUUUGUUGAAAGACAAAGUUCCUUCUGAGCGUGGCCGUUCCCCACGAGUUCUCGUCCUUGCUCCAACUCGUGACUUGGCUAUCCAAGUAUCAAACGAAUUCUCCGGUAUUGCACCUUCACUCAAGUGUAUCUGUCUCUAUGGCGGCACACCCAUGCAGGAACAAACAGCCCAUCUGCGGAACGGGGUUGAUGUUGUGAUUGGUACACCAGGCCGUGUACUCGAUCAUGUUAACCGCAACAACUUAAGACUUGACAACCUGCGAUUUGUUUGUUUAGAUGAAGCGGAUCAAAUGUUGGAUAUUGGGUUUGCUGAUGAUAUGGAGCAGACACUUCAACAUGUCCAGACUCAAAAGCAAGCCCGUGGUGAUUCUGCCCCUAAACAUCAAACCCUGUUGUUCUCGGCUACAGCACCUGAAUGGAUCAAGCAGACUGUGAAGAAAUAUCUGGAUCCCAAGUAUAUCCAUGUGGAUCUCGUAGGCAACUCAAAGGUCAAGACCAACGAGAACAUCCGUCAUUAUGCAAUCCCAUCUACAUGGCAAUCCCGCAAGGAUGUGAUUGGAGAUGUGGUCGCAGUCUAUGGUGGCAACCGCGGUCUGACUGUCAUCUUUGCUAAUACUAAAGCUGAAGCUGAUGAAUUGGGCCUGACACCAAAACUCAAAGCGGAUGCCAAGGUCCUUCACGGUGAUAUCCCUCAAGCUCAACGUGAAUUAACCCUUCAAGGCUUCCGUGAGGCCAAAGUCAGAUGCAUUAUCUGUACAGACGUCUUGGCUCGUGGAAUCGAUAUCCCUAUGGUUGAUUUGGUCAUCAACUGUCAACCUCCCAAGGACGUGGAGACAUAUGUACAUCGCUCCGGUCGUACGGGCCGUGCAGGCCGUAAGGGUGUCUGCGUGACAUUCUACAAGGCUCAGGAAGAAUAUAUGAUUCAUAACAUUCAACGUCGGGCCGGUAUGGAAAUGAUCAAAGUAGGCCCUCCACAACCUGAGGAUAUUAUCAAGGCCACAGCUCAGGAUGCUGCAGAUGUGGUUUCAAAGGUCGUCAAGAAUGUCAUCCCGAUGUUUAAGCCCAUUGCAGAAUCCAUGAUCCAAGAAAACUUUCAGGGCAAUGCCACGGAUGCAUUAGCAGCUGCGUUGGCUCAGAUCUCCGGUUAUGGUGGAGGUGUGAAGCCUCGUUCACUCAUGUCUGCUGCAGAAGGAUUCACGACCAUGAUAUUCCGUCUCACACACGAGAUUCAGCAUCCUGGUUAUGUCCGCAACAUUCUGAACCGUAACUUCCCCAAGCUAGGCUAUGAAGAUGUCAAGGGCAUGAGGAUGACCAAGGAUAUGAUGGGUGUUGUUUUUGAUGUCAACUCUGACAAGGUAGAAGUCGAUGAGAAUAACACCAUCUUUUUGGGCGGGAGCAAAUGGAUCGAUUUGGCCAACAUUUCACUCGAGGUUGCAAAGACCUUACCAGAGCUCGAGCAGCGUCAGGAUGAUCGUCGUGGUGGCAGUGGUGGGUAUGGUGGUAGUGGUGGGCGUAGUGGAUUCGGUGGUGGACGUGGCGGUUUCCGUGGUGGUCGUGGAGGUGGAGGCGGAGGCGGUUUCCGUGGCGGCCGAGGUGGACGUCGUUAAAGGGGAGAUGGCAUGUUAUAUCUAUUGUAUCAUCUUUUCUUAAUCGCAUAUACACACGCACUCUUCUCUCAAUGUACCAUAUGUUCUUUUUAUAUUUCACUUACUUUUAGCAUUUUAUCUUUGACCUGCACCAUGAACAGAGAAAUAUUGAAAUAAAUAUGUAUCUUCAUGCUGUUA